GAACGAGUAGAAAAUAGAUCGAUCUAUAUUGUUUCAGGAGUUCACUGCAAUACUAUUAUACCCCGUCAAUGGCUUGCACAGAGGGAUUGGUGCCGAUCACGAGGACCUUUUUGGCACGUUACUACGACAAGUAUCCUCUCCCAGUUUUACCGGAGGAUGUAUUUCGUUUGUCUACCCAGCUUCGUGAGAUGACGAACGACUUGCAGAAGGAAUUUCCCCUCACUGAAGCUGAAAGUGUCUUGGCACGUGAAGCUGAUUGUCCUCCUCCCCACAAAAUUGAUCAGAACAUGUGGAAGAAUAGGGAACAUAUUGAAGAAUUACUUUUGUUACUGGAGAAAUCUCAUUGGCCUAGAGUGCUUCAACAGCAGUGUACACCUGAGGACAUGGAAACUGCUAUUGUUCUUGAAGAUCUAAAAACUAAAUUGCAUAAUUCUUUGAAGAUAUUGGAGUCAUUCCAAUCCAAAAAUGCGGAAAGUGUAUUCAACACAGUUAUGACCUACGUGCCACAAGAUUUUCGAGGUACAAUAAUUAGACAGCAGAGAGAACGUUCAGAGAGGAAUAAGCAAGCUGAGGUUGAUGCACUGGUUAAUGCUGGUGGAAGUAUACGUGAUCGAUAUGCUCUGCUAUGGAAUCAACAAAUGGAAAGACGAAGACAAUUAUCCCAGCUUGGUUCUGCCACUGGUAUUUACAAGACGUUGGUGAAGUACUUGGUUGGAGUACCACAGGUUUUACUAGACUUUAUACGACAAAUAAAUGACGACCAAGGACCCAUGGAAGAGCAACGUGAACGCUACGGACCGUCUUUAUACAGUCUUACAACCAUGGUGCUAUCCAUUCGACUGUUUCUUCAUCUCGUAUGGGGCCGGUUUGAAGCUCGAAAACUACAGAAGGACGAAGUUUCUGUUUUGGAACAAGCAGUGCAUGUUUACACUUCGGAGCUGGAAAGAUUCAUUAAAUUUAUUGGGGACGUCUUUGCAAAUUCCCCCUUCCUAAUUUCAGCAGAGGAUGCAGGUACUGCAGAAGCAAGGAAAGCUGAUGAUUACAGGGAGAUCAUCAUUCCAGCGGGGAGAACACAUGAGGUCUCAUUGACUGUCGAAUCUGUGAACUCAUAUAUUGCUUGGGAUUUCUCAUUGACACAAGGAAAAAUGAAUAUGGAUAUCGGCUUCAGUGUGGAGUAUAUUAGUUCUUCCGAGGAACGAACGCUGAUCUUGCCUUACCGGCGUUGUGAAUCUGACCAAGGGAACUUCUGUACAUGCAUGGCGGGACGCUACAAACUCAUCUGGGAUAACUCUUACUCGGCUUUCUUCAAGAAGGGACUGCGUUACAAAGUAGAUUCCAUACCACCAGUUGCAGAUCCAGCAGUGUCUGUGGGUGAGGCAAAAGAAUGAGGAGCUUUUCCAGGGAUGCCUACAUGUCAACAGUGUGUCCCAGAUUGAAGGCUCUGAUGAUUCAUGUCAUUCAUUGUAUUAUUAAUAUUAUUUUUGCAUGAUUUACAACUGCGUUCAAAGAAAUCAUUCUCAUACCUGCAUUUUGGUAUUAAUUUUGGACGAAGAACCUUUUACUUGUACUAUAAUUGUUUUGUCUAUAUUCCUGACGCCCAAUGUAAUCAGUUUCUUAAUUUUUC